AUGGCUUUUACCGCAUGUACUACGACCAACAUGCCUGGUUCAAGGAGGAAGAAGAUGAAUUUCCCUCUUCUUGUGUUCAGUGCCCCCAGCCUUGUGUACGGUACCCCCUACAAUUUGUACAGUGCCCCCUGUGUUGUGUACAGUGCCCCCAACCCUGUGUACAGUGCCCCCAACCCUGUGUACAGUGCCCCCAACCCUGUGUACAGUGUUCCCUGUAUUGUGUACAGUGCCUCCAGCCUUGUACAGGACUUCGCUGCUCCGUUCAGAAUGGAGAACAAUACAGAACUAUCUGACAUCGCCCAGAUCCUGUGGGACAAUGAUGUUAACAGACUGCAGCCAGGGAUAGACUACAAAAUCAACCUUCAGGCUGCUGAACAAGCUUUAACAAAUACAGACAUCCCUGAUGGAGCAGGGCUCCCGUUGUUCCUUUUUGUGAAUGAGGAUGUUUUCAAAAGGAAAACAUUUUCAGCUUUCAUUUCCCUGCUGGAUAAUUAUGAAGCUGACACAAGAGAACCAGAGGUUAUCAUCCCAGAGGAAGAAGUAGAGAUUCGCAGCUUUCUGGAUGCUGUCAUGGAAACGCCAGUGUUGCAGAUUGCACACAGGUACUUAAUCAAGAAAAGGACAGUGAAAGUGAACAAGGAGGAAUUCAAACAGCAGUUGUAUGACAUCUGGUUCUGCCUGUAUGCUCGCAAAGGUUCCAGUCUCCCUGAUUCAUCUGGCUUUGAGCAUGUAUUUGUUAGUGAAACCCGAGGCGGACGAACAGUCAUCGGAUUCCACAAUUGGAUCCAGUUCUACCUUCAGGAAAAGCUUGGUCAUGUGGUUUACAAAGGAUACACCGUGAAAAAUAACCGGCUCAAGCUGGAUGAGAACAAGCACCUGAUCACGUUACAUUUCAGCUGGAAAAAGGGGGUUAAGAUGCGGGGCAGCUGCUUUAUGGCAGUGAGCCCAGAGUUUGAGUUUGCCCUCUACAUCAUCAUCUUCCUCAGCUCAUCCAGUCAACCUCACAAGCUCCGGUUCAGUCAGUAUGAGGUGGAGAUAGUGUGUCACAGGAACAAAUACAAGAACACAGAGACCAUCUACCCCAUUCUAUUGCAGUAUUUACCUGAAGCUUCAUGA